UGGGUGGCGCUGGGUGGACGGUGAAGGACCAGAAAGGACAAGGGAUGAGUCCAGAAAGUACAAGGAACCCGACUGCGGAGACUGCCCAUUAUGCCUUUCAAUUGUUCUUCAUUAUUAAAAACUCAUUCCUUAGUUCAUCUUCAAUAAACUACGGCGAUCCCUCCUUUCCCUUUGCCUUUAUAAACCCCUUUAGCCCUCUCUUUCUCCUCCCCCACUCGCUCCAUUCUUCAUUCCUCUGUAACAAGCUUCUUCUUGUUCCCUCAUUGUUCUAUGGUUCUUGCUCUUUAAAUCUCAGUUGCAUUUGCUGGAGCCUUCCUGUUUUUGCCUGAUUUAAUAGUUUCUUCAACUUUUGAUUCACCACUCAACGGCUUCUAAAAUGGGUCUAUGUUGAAAUUCUAAUUUGAUUACAUAAAAAAGGAUUUCUAAUCAGGAUGGUAUUCGAGGACCGGUUCAGGCAGGCUCAGAGACCUAAAUAUGACUGUCUUCUAUUUGAUUUAGAUGACACUCUAUAUCCCUUGAGUUCUGGCAUUGCAGCUUCAUGCCUUCAGAAUAUCAAAGAUUACAUGUUUGAAAAACUGGGCAUAGAGCAGAGCAAACUCCCUGACCUUUGCAAUUUACUGUACAAAAACUAUGGAACGACCAUGGCAGGUCUCAGGGCAAUUGGCUAUGAUUUUGAUUAUGAUGAGUACCACAACUUUGUUCAUGGAAGACUUCCUUAUGAUAACAUAAAGCCUGAUCCUGUUCUAAGGAGUCUUUUGUUGAGCCUUCCUUAUAAGAAAGUUAUCUUUACAAAUGCUGACAAGAUCCAUGCAGUUAAAGUUCUUAAAAAGCUUGGUUUAGAAGACUGUUUCCAAGGGAUUAUCUGCUUUGAAACCCUGAAUUCAACCAAUAAGAACUUUGCUUCAGUUGAUAAAGAUGAACCUGAGUGUUUCGGCUCCGAAAUCUUUGACAUCGUUGGUCAUUUUCGUCAACUCAAUCCUGGGGUGGAAUUACCAAAAACUCCCAUCAUUUGUAAACCAUCAGAAGCUGCCAUUGCAAGAGCUCUCAAAAUUGCAGGCCUCAAUCCUCAGAGAACUCUGUUCUUUGAAGACAGUGUUCGAAAUAUACAAGCUGGGAAGCGCGUCGGGCUCGACACCGUCUUGAUUGGCACUUCACAGAGAGUUAAAGGAGCAGAUUAUGCCUUGGAAAGCAUCCACAAUCUUAGGGAAGGAAUAACUGAGCUUUGGAAUGUUGAAAUCAAAUCAAACAAGGGUUAUGCUGGCAAGGUUGCAGUUAAAACUUCGGUGACAGCUUAGAACUAUAACAUCCAUGUUAUGUUCUUCAACCCUUCCCCAAAUGAGAAUGAAAUAAAACAAAAUAAAAAAAAAAGGGGAAAUCUUUGAGUUCCAGUUUUACUAGGCAGAUGUGUUGUAACUAAUCAUUUUGAUUAUGAGAGUAAUGUUCAUGUGUAA